GCUACAAAGGCCUUCUACACUAGGAAAAUAGGGCUAGCAGCUCAGCCGGAUCUACCUCAUGUCCAAGUGGAGCGUUCCUCAGCACUACGGAGUGCGCAUGCCCGAAAGCCCUAAAAUUUUUCAGCCUCCGACGGGGCAGAUUUAAAGCGGCCCUACACAAGGCUCUCACUUUUGCUCACCUAGAUUAUCACAAAGUUUUCAAACUCGUCUCCUUGCCUUGAUAUACAUCUCUGCUCCUUUUUAUCCAGAGGAAUCUACCUAAGAAAAUAAGAUUGUAUGACACACCUCCUUAAAACUUCUGACAUGGCUUCCCUGUCUAGAAGAUGAACAAACCAAUAACACCAUCAACAUAUGUGCGCUGCCUCAAUGUUGGACUAAUAAGGAAGCUGUCGGAUUUUAUUGAUCCUCAAGAAGGUUGGAAGAAAUUAGCUGUCGCUAUUAAAAAACCAUCUGGUGAUGAUAGAUACAACCAGUUUCACAUAAGGAGAUUUGAAGCAUUAGUUCAAACUGGAAAAAGUCCCACUUCUGAGUUACUGUUUGACUGGGGUACCACAAAUUGCACUGUUGGUGAUCUUGUGGAUAUUUUGAUCCAAAAUGAGCUUUUUGCUCCUGCAAGUCUUUUGCUGCCAGAUGCUAUUCCCAAACCUGUCAAUACUGUACCAUCUAAAGAAGCUGUAACGGUUCAGCAGCAACACAUGCCUUUCUAUGAAAAAGGGACCACACCUCCAGCACCCGUGCAGAGCCUUGACCAAGACCAUAUCCCACGUGACUCCUCAAGUUCAGAAAAUAACAGUUUAGAAGUUAGUGAUACACGUUUUCAUUGUUUUUCAUUUUAUGAAUUGAAGAAUGUCACAAAUGACUUUGAUGAGCGACCUAUUUCUCUUGGUGGCAAUAAAAUGGGAGAGGGAGGAUUUGGAGUUGUGUAUAAAGGCUGUGUGAACAACACAACUGUGGCUGUGAAGAAGCUUGCAGCAAUGGUUGACAUUAGCACUGAAGAACUGAAACAACAGUUUGAUCAGGAAAUAAAAGUAAUGGCAAAGUGUCAACAUGAAAAUCUAGUAGAACUGCUUGGUUUUUCGAGUGAUGGCGAUGAUCUCUGCUUAGUGUAUGUCUACAUGCCCAACGGUUCAUUGCUAGACAGAUUGUCUUGCUUGGAUGGUACUCCACCACUUUCUUGGCACAUGAGAUGCAAGAUUGCUCAGGGUGCAGCUAAUGGCAUCAGUUUUUUACAUGAAAACCAUCAUAUUCAUAGAGAUAUUAAAAGUGCAAAUAUCUUAUUAGAUGAAGACUUCACUGCCAAAAUAUCUGACUUUGGGCUUGCACGGGCUUCUGAGAAGUUUGCCCAGACAGUCAUGACCAGCAGGGUUGUAGGCACCACAGCUUACAUGGCACCUGAAGCUCUGCGAGGAGAAAUAACACCCAAGUCCGACAUCUAUAGCUUUGGUGUGGUUUUAUUGGAAAUAAUAACUGGACUUCCAGCUGUGGAUGAAAAACGUGAACCUCAGUUAUUACUGGAUAUUAAAGAAGAAAUCGAAGAUGAAGAAAAGACAAUUGAAGAUUAUAUUGAUGUGAAGAUAAAUGAUGCUGAUUCCACUUCAGUUGAAACUAUGUACUCUGUUGCUAGUCAAUGUCUGCAUGAAAAGAAAAAUAGGAGACCAGAUAUUAAGAAGGUUCAACAGCAGCUGCAAGAGAUAACAGCUUCCUAAAACUUUAGACUCUUUAACUUUUUAUAUACAGCUAUCUACACUAUUUUUAAAAUUAUCUUUUUGCUAAGCCUUCUUUAUCUUUAUCAAGGCAGCAUGGGACAAUGCAGUGGUUAUUGAAGCAUGUAUUGAAUCUAACAAAUCAAAGUAGUGCCAUCAUAUCAACACUUAGCUCUACUCACUUAGUGCCAACCUGGGAUUCGCAUUAAUCCCUAAAACAUUUCCUUCAAACAUCACCAAACACAGUUGGAAAACUUACAGCACUGGGCUGAAAGACGCUGGUCUGAAGGCCAACUGACCCCACUACUAACCUGCUGAAAACUGGACAAACUCUUAGCUCCCUUGAGCCUUGUUUUUCUGUCUAUAACAUUGGAUAAAUACCCACUGUGCUUCCCUGACAGUCAUGAAAAUAAGUGAUGCAAAAUAUACAUUUUGUAAAUAUUAAAGUGAUACAACAUUUAAAGUUUCUAGAUGCAGUUAUAAAAUCAUGUUCACAUUAUUUGCAACAUUCACCACAAAGCAAGUAUCAACUAAUGACAUGCCAAUGAUGAUAUAACCAUUGUUAGCCUGUAUUAUACAGCAAAGUUAAAAGGAUUUUGCAGGUGCAGUUAAGGGCCUAAUCAGCUGACUUUGAGUAUCAAAAGGCAAACUGUGUAGAAUAAGGCCUGGGGGAAUCAGGUGUACCCUGACAGAAAGUUGAGAGAUUCUCCUGUGGGCCUUGAAGUAGUGAGUACCCUGGUAUGAGAGGUCCACACCAGCCAGAACCUACAGGAGUCGCAAGCAGAUGAGAGCUACCCUCCAACUCCAGCCAACAGGAAACAAAUAUGGCCUCAGUUGUACAACCCAAGGACGGAAGCCUGCCAGCAGGCUGAAAGGACUAAGAAUACUGCAACUUUCUGAUGAUACCGCAGUCCUGGAUGACAACUACAUUUCCAUUGUGUGAGAUGCUCAGCAUAAGACCUGUUUGAGAUAUGCCAGGACCUCUGCCAUACUGAACUGUGAAAUAAUAAAUGAGUUGCAUUAAGCAACUGAA